AUGGACAGAGAACAAGAGGAAAUGCAAUUCCUAGGCCCCUUUGGCAUCUACACAGAAGCCUACCAGAUCAUCCUCUCAUGGAGGAAGAUCUGCACCCAAAUCACUCUAGCUCUGAUCCUCCCACUCUCCUUCAUCCUCCUAGCUCACAUCAAAGUCUCCGAAUUACUCACAUCUAGGAUCACACACAACCAAACCGAGCUACAACAAGCACAAGCCGACACGCAGAGGUACGACAACAUCUCCAACAUCUCAUCCGAAUGGACGGCCUUUUGGGUCUUCGAGCUCGCAUACACCUUCUUCUUCCUCAUCUUCUCUCUCACCUCCACUUCGGCUGUGGUCUACACCGUCGCAUGCAUUUACACGUCUCGCGAAGUGACCUUCGAGGUGGUCAUGAGUGUUGUCCCAAAGGUUUGGAAGAGACUCAUGAUCACUUUCUUGUCCACAUUCUUGGCUUUCUUUGCUUAUACCCUAGUUUCUGCAAUAAUCGCGAUCCUAAUCAUACGGGGAAUCACAAUUGGAAGUAGUAGCACCCGUUAG